AAUAUUCUCCCUUUCUUAGCAGCCUGAGAGAAUGACCGGGAGCCAGGGAAGGGCUGUGCAGUGAGUGAGCCCGGUGAAGUGAUGUGCUGCCUUGUUAAGUAUGGUAUGAGUUUCCCAUCUCCAAUUGUCCUUGGAAUUGGACAGAUGGCAGUCACCAUAAUGAUCCUGUAUGUAUCCAAGCUAAAUAAAAUAAUUCACUUCCCUGAUUUUGACAAGAAAAUUCCUAUAAAGCUGUUUCCUCUGCCUCUCCUCUACGUUGGAAACCACAUAAGUGGAUUAUCAAGCACAAGUAAAUUAAGCCUGCCGAUGUUCACUGUGCUCAGGAAAUUUACCAUUCCACUCACUCUGCUCCUGGAAACCAUCAUACUCGGGAAACAGUAUUCUUUGAACAUUAUCAUCAGUGUCUUUGCCAUCAUUCUUGGUGCUUUCAUAGCAGCUGGCUCUGACCUUGCUUUUAACUUGGAAGGCUAUAUUUUUGUAUUCCUGAAUGAUAUCUUCACAGCAGCGAACGGAGUUUAUACCAAGCAGAAAAUGGACCCAAAGGAGUUAGGUAAAUAUGGAGUGCUUUUCUACAACGCCUGCUUCAUGAUUAUCCCAACUCUCAUCAUCAGCGUGUCCACUGGAGACCUUCAACAGGCUACUGAAUUCAACCAAUGGAGGAACGUUCUAUUUAUCAUACAGUUUCUUCUUUCCUGUUUUUUGGGUACCCGUGCGUCUGUCCCUUGCUGCCCCUUCUUGCUCUGCUGCUGUCACAGAGCACGGUGUCUGCUUCCUUGCCCCAGGUUUCUGCUGAUGUACGCCACAGUUCUGUGCAGCUACUACAAUUCGGCCCUGACGACAGCAGUGGUUGGAGCCAUCAAGAAUGUGUCCGUUGCCUACAUUGGGAUGUUAGUUGGUGGAGACUACAUUUUCUCGGUGUUAAACUUUGUCGGGUUAAAUAUUUGCAUGGCAGGGGGCUUGAGAUAUUCCUUUCUAACUUUAAGCAGCCAGUUAAAACCUAAACCAACCGUGGACGAAGAAAACAUCCCUCAAGACUACAAGGCCUAGAAUGCGGGGCAGAGCUGCAGACUGGCUCGCAGACCAGGGGGACGGCGGUCCGUUCCCAGAUGGAGGAAUGUGAAGCUGGAUAUGUUGGUUGUGGUCCACUCACUGCCCUGGUUAAGGUACAACAGGAAUGUCUGCAAAAUGCGAAGAGAAUCUACCUCACCUGCUGCACCAGGAGCCAUCGUCCACCCUGGGAAAUGUAUCUGGACAAAGCCUCACCAGCUGAACGUGCAUCUUCUCAAAAUAAGCCAUUGGUGAAAGGGAUUGUUUCCAAGGCACUUGCGUGUCCUGUGAGUGCUUCAGAGGAGGUGCAAGGCUGUGAUGCUGUAAGGGUGAUUGUUUUCUCAUCAGCACCUUGGCCUUAAUUUCGAAGGUCCCCGCCAAAACAAAGGGCCAGUGAGAACAUUUAUUUUUCAGUUAAACAGACAUGUCUUUAUUUUACUAAAAUCAGCCAAUGAACUGCCAGGAAAGUUACUUGUUAGCUUUGAUUUGAUCUUACAAUGUUGGUACCCUUUCCCAAUCAUCAAAGUAAAAUAAAGAAUAAUUUAUA